GACCCAACAAUCUUUAUGGCCUUCUGGUACGGCCCUUUCUCCAGCAACGCGGAAGGUCCAAUACCCAAGUGAGCCAGCUGCACUUCCAAAUGGCGAUUCCGGCCUCGAAGAAGCGACUGACAUCACCCAUUGCUGGGUUGUGCGCCGUGGCCUGGAACAGUAUGCCUAGACGGCAUUGUGACUUUCUGUCUUGUCGAUUUUCUGCGGUUGCCAUGACUGGGAUCGCUUUGACUGUUGCGUAUCGCGUUCAUAUAGGCUUGAGGAACUUCUCCCAUCCUCUGGCCGGUAUCAAAGAUUUCGAGUUUCGAAAAUAAAGAUGUACGAGAGCAUCGGCUUCGGCAUGGACAGAGGUCGAUUAGCC